CCGCACGUCCGCCCCUCUCCCCCACUCUUGACGUCAGCCUCACGAAUCUAUUUAAGGCCCCUCCUGGGCCGCGCUCCGACUUUCGGAGCUGCUGCCGCCAAGCCCGGAUCCAGCGCUGCGCGCCACAGACGCCCGCCCACCGUGCACUCCCGAUUCCUUUUGGUUCUAAGUCCACUAUGGCAUCUCUCAAGGAUCAGCUGAUUGUGAAUCUUCUUAAGGAAGAACAAAGCCCCCAGAAUAAGAUUACAGUUGUUGGAGUUGGUGCUGUUGGCAUGGCCUGUGCCAUCAGUAUCUUAAUGAAGGACUUGGCAGAUGAACUUGCUCUUGUUGAUGUCAUAGAAGACAAACUGAAAGGAGAAAUGAUGGAUCUUCAACAUGGCAGCCUUUUCCUUAAAACACCAAAAAUUGUCUCUGGCAAAGACUAUAAUGUGACUGCAAAUUCCAAGCUGGUUAUUAUCACAGCUGGGGCACGUCAACAAGAGGGAGAAAGCCGUCUUAAUUUGGUCCAGCGUAAUGUGAACAUCUUUAAAUUCAUCAUUCCUAAUGUUGUAAAAUACAGCCCCAACUGCAAAUUGCUUAUUGUUUCCAAUCCAGUGGAUAUCUUGACCUAUGUGGCUUGGAAGAUAAGCGGCUUUCCUAAAAACCGUGUUAUUGGAAGUGGUUGCAAUCUGGAUUCAGCCCGGUUCCGUUAUCUCAUGGGAGAAAGGCUGGGGGUUCACCCAUUAAGCUGUCAUGGGUGGGUCCUUGGGGAGCAUGGAGACUCAAGUGUGCCUGUCUGGAGUGGAGUGAAUGUUGCUGGUGUCUCCCUGAAGAAUCUGCACCCUGAUUUGGGCACUGAUACAGAUAAGGAACAGUGGAAAGAAGUUCACAAACAGGUGGUUGCCAGUGCUUAUGAGGUAAUCAAACUGAAAGGCUACACAUCCUGGGCCAUUGGACUGUCUGUGGCAGAUCUGGCAGAAAGUAUAAUGAAAAAUCUUAGGCGGGUGCAUCCAAUUUCCACCAUGAUUAAGGGUCUCUAUGGAAUAAAAGACGAUGUCUUCCUUAGUGUUCCUUGCAUCUUGGGACAGAAUGGGAUCUCAGACGUUGUGAAGGUGACUCUGACAACAGAGGAAGAGGCCCGUUUGAAGAAGAGUGCAGAUACACUUUGGGGGAUCCAAAAAGAGCUGCAGUUUUAAAGUCUUCUAAUGUCAUACCAUUUCACUGUCUAGGAUACAACAGGAUUUUAGUUGGAGGUUGGGCAUAUUAUCCUUUUUAUCUGAUCUAUGACUAAGGCAGUAAUAUUAAGACAGUCUAGGAAAAACUUUAGUUUCCUAAAGUUAGAAAUAGGAAUGGUUCAUAAAACCCUGCAGCUAUAUCCUGAUGCCGAAUGGUAUUUAUCUUGUGUAGUCCUAAGCUGGUUACUUUGAAAUAGUUUCACCUCCUCAAAGGCAGUGUUGCACAAGCUACAGGUGCCCUUCAAAGUAGAUACGUUUACUGUAUAACUUCUGGUUCUUUACCCUUCAUGCUUAGCCCAGCUUUUUUUCCUCCAGUCAAUCACAUCCUGGGAUCCAGUGUGUAAAUCCAACAUUGCAUGUCUUGUGCAUUACUGUUCUAAAGGAUCUUAUUUUGUGUACUGUAUGUAUCAGAGUAGAGUACAUUGGUAUAUAUUGUAAAAAGAAAAGUGCAUAUAAAUAAUGCAGCCAAAUAUCCAAGUGUCAUACCAACUAAAACAUCAAAUAAAUAAACAUUGAACAGUGA